AUGAAGGACAAGACGACGAAGAGUGAGACCAUGACUGAGAAGGAGGCCAAAGACAAGGACAAGAAGGCGUCGGACAAGAAGAAUGGUGUGGACGACAAAGACAUGGAUUUGUCCGAAGAGGACAAACAACUUCAGGAGGAACUGGAGCUAUGCGUUCAGCGACUCAAAGAAGCCGACGCUUCCCUCUAUAAGCCGGCGCUCGAGUCGCUGAGACAACACAUCAAGAGUGCCACCACUUCGAUGACAUCGGUUCCAAAGCCCCUCAAGUUCUUGAGACCGCACUACCAGACACUGAAAGACCUCUACAGUCAGAUGCCAUCCGAAGACACGAAGAGAUUUAUGGCAGACAUCGUCUCAAUCCUGGCGAUGACUAUAAACCCGACGGAAUCGGUGAACACCAGCGGAGAGGCUCUGAAGUACCGACUGAUUGGGAGUCACGAGACGAUCGGGUCGUGGGGUCACGAAUACGUCCGACACCUGUCCGGAGAGAUCGCCACUGAAUGGCAGUCGGAGACGGCCACCGUUGACAGCAAACAACACCUCUUGGCGUUGGUUCAGGACAUCAUCCCCUAUAAUAUGCUACACAACGCCGAGUCGGAGGCGACUGACCUGUUGAUGGAAAUCGAGCGCUUGGAUCUAUUGGAACAGUACAUCGACAACGACGACCUGUGUCAGAAGGUGUGUCUGUAUCUGACCAGUUGUGUGCCCUUCGUUCCCGACCCCGAGAACACCACUCUCAUGAAGACAGCGCUCAAUAUAUUCAUUAAGUUUCAUAAAUACAGCGAAGCCUUGAGAAUAGGAAUGCAUUUACAAGACUUGAAGCAAAUCCUAAACAUCUUCGAGCGCUGCAAAGAUCCCGUUCUCCAGAAACAGUUGUCGUUUAUGAUCGGCAGACAACAGAUAUUCCUAAUGGACGACAUCGAGGAUCAGGACCUCUUGGAGAUCAUAUCAAACACUCAACUCAAUACACAUUUCCUGCAGUUGGGCCGAGAGCUGGACAUUCUUGAGCCGAAAACGCCGGACGAUAUCUACAAAACCCAUUUGGAAAACCCGACGCGACCGCCGUUCGGAAGUGCCGGUGCUGUGGACUCCGCGAGGGCUAAUUUGGCGGCGAGUUUCGUGAAUGGUUUGGUGAACGCGGCGUUCGGGAGGGACCGCAUCCUCCUGUGCGAUGACGGCAACAAAUGGCUCUAUAAGAACAAAGACCACGGAAUGCUUAGCGCCACCGCUUCGUUGGGACUCAUACUGCUGUGGGAUGUGGACGGAGGUCUCGCACAGAUCGACAAAUACUUGUAUUCAAACGACGACAACAUCAAAGCCGGCGCUCUCUUGGCGUGCGGUGUAGUCAACUGCGGAGUCCGUAACGAUUGCGACCCCGCGUUGGCUCUACUCGUGGACUACGUGACCAACGAGAAGAUGCCGAUGAGAAUUGGAUCCAUUAUCGGCUUAGGGUUGGCCUACGCGGGCUCUAAUCGUAACGAUGUUCUCUCUGUCCUCCUCCCGGUUCUGUCGGACAGUAAGUCGACGGUUGAGGUGAUUGGAGUGACGGCGCUGUCAUGUGGUCUCAUAGCUGUUGGUUCGGGCAAUCACGAGGUGACGGCCAGCAUAAUGCAAGUGUUCAUCGAAAAGCCUGAUCUGGACGUGAAGGACAACUUCGUGCGAUUCCUACCCCUGGCGUUAGGGCUCUGCUAUUUGGGGAAACAGGAGAGUUCGGAGGCCAUUGAGGCGGCCCUCGAGAUCAUACAAAACGCAUCCCUCAAAGCACUGUCCAAAACACUGGUGGAUGUGUGCGCCUACGCGGCCACCGGUAAUGUCCUCAAAAUCCAAAGUCUGCUUCACAUCUGCUCUGAAGCCAAGACUGAAAAGGAAGCCGAAGAACCCGCUGGAAGUGAUAAGAAUAAGAAGACGACUGCCGCGACACCAAAACCAGACGGUGCCGACUAUUCGUGGCAACAAUCUGUGGGAACCAUUGGAAUUGGAUUGAUAGCUAUGGCUGAAGACAUUAGUUGCGAGAUGGCGUUCAGGACUUUUGGACAUUUGUUACGUUAUGGCGAACCAAUGAUCAAGAGAGCCGUUCCCCUCGCACUGGCCCUCACCUCCAUUUCCAAUCCGAAACUCAAUAUAUUGGAGACACUGAGCAAAUUCAGUCACGACUCGGAUACAGACGUUGCCUGUAAUGCCAUCUUUGCGAUGGGUUUGGUGGGCGCCGGCACUAACAACGCCCGGUUGGCCACAAUGUUGAGACAAUUGGCUCAAUACCACGCAAAGGAGCAGAACUGCCUGUUUAUGGUUCGCAUCGCACAGGGAUUGACUCACUUGGGAAAGGGAACUCUCACUCUCUCGCCAUUCAAUUCGGACCGACAGCUCCUAAUGCCGACCGCAUUGGCCGGUCUGUUGGCGACAGUCAUCAGUCUGUUGGACGUGAAGUCAACUAUUCUUAAGUCCCAUUAUUUACUCUACUAUUUGGUGACCGCUAUUCAGCCGCGAAUGUUAAUCACUUUGGACGAGGAGUUGACUCCAUUGCCAGUUCCCGUGCGAGUGGGACAGGCCGUCGAUGUGGUGGGACAGGCGGGUAAACCCAAGACCAUUACCGGCUUCCAGACGCAUACGACUCCUGUGUUACUGGCUUUGGGCGAAAGGGCAGAAUUGGCGACUGAAGAGUACCUCCCAUUGACUCCAGUGCUCGAGGGCUUCGUUAUCUUAAGAAAGAAUCCCGACUUCAAUAAAUAA